AUGGUCCUCGGACAUCCGUCACUGGGUCUCGUUUCCCUCGUCUUCCUCGCGGGAGCGUUGGUCCUGACCUUCUUCAUCAUCCUCGCCGGCGUGUCGACCACCACGCCGCUCGACAAGACCUACUUCCUGCGCGCAGACACCUCCCUCAUAACAGGGGCGCGCUCAAUCUCCCAGUGGACCUACUUCUACAUCUGCAGCCCCGGCAAUGUCGACUGCACAAAGGCCAGCCCUGCCAUGCCUUUCGGGCAUGCGUGGGCUGACAGCGCCGCCGGUGUGCCGGAUGGCCUCUCUGGGGGUUUCGCUGGCCACACGACUUCAAAGUACUACUUCUACAUGUGGCGCUUUGGCUGGGUCUUCUACCUGAUCUCGCUCUUCUUCAUGGUCACCGCCUUCUUCACCGGCUUCCUCGCCUGCUGCGGCCGCCUCGGCUCCGCUAUUUCCGGCUUCACCUCUCUCGUUGCGCUAUUCUUCUACAGCGUCGCGGCAUCGCUCAUGACAGCGACCUUCGUCAAGGCCCGCGACGCAUUCAAGCACGAUGGCCGCGAUGCCUCGAUCGGCAGGUACGCCUUCGGCUUCACCUGGGGCGCGUGGGCCGCCCUCUUCAUCGCCUCCGUGCUCUUCUGCCUCGGCGUGCGCAGCAGGAACGACGGCGUCUCGGACCGCCGGGGCUGGCGCCGUCGCCGAAGCACCCGCAGCCGCCGCUCCUAUGACGUCGGCUCCAAGCGCGUCAAGGAUGACUACUCCUAA